AUGGACUCUGGUUUGCUCCUAUCCGUACGUGCUCUCCCAUCCAUGUCAUCCUGCACAGCCCAUUCCCUCGCUCGGAACACCCUACCGGACGAGAUAGAGUUGGGACUUCGAAACGUCAAGAUCAUUCUUUUCCGCGGCGAUGUCGAGUCGGGGGUUGGCCCUGUCGCGAAUGGCUAUGGCGGCGGCGGUGGCGGUGUGGAUGGGGCUUGCGGGCAUGCUGGCGGGGCUGGUGGCGUGGAGGGUGCAGAAGGGCUUCGACGACAAUCGCAAGGCUGGUGCGCCGGUCGCGCGCGCUCGCUGCAGCAGCAGUUCAUGCUCACCGCCGACCACGUGCAGGUGCUGGCGGGGCUGGCAACAGUGUUCGGCGGCGUGCGGCAGAACCCCUGGGCGGUGGGCAGCUGCCUCACGCAGCGCCGCUUCGUGCGCUUUGUGGAGCGCAUGGUAGCCGCGCAGCCAUGGGUGCACGCCGUCGCCUACAUGACGCUCAUCAAUGGCUCCCGCAGGAUGGCGUUUGAACAGCAAGCGCAGUGCAAGCUGUUGGACAUUCUCGGCAAGCCGGCCCCGGAGGCAGACUGGUACAUGAACUCGCGCGUGUGGUUCCAGGAGAACCCCUUGCUGCCGCUGCUGGAGGUGGGGUGUGUGUGCAUCAACGUGCGCACGCACCCCUCGUACGGCCCUCAGCUCGCGCGCAUGCACCAACUCGCCACCAACCUGCUCAGCAUGCCCUACGUGCUGGACAAUGGCGAGGCUGGCAUGGGUGAGAAGAUGGAAGUGCUGUUGCUCCUUGUCCCUUCCCAAGUUGCAACGUUCUCUCCUUCCCAUUCCCAAUUCUUCCAUCACCACACUCUCUAUCUCUCACUCGCUCAUCCUCUACAUACGUACCUUACCCCUCGUCCCCAUCCCCUCCCCGCCAAUGAGCGGGCAGGCAUGGGAUUCCCCAUCUUCAGGGACGGGGUCACCACAGCCUCGCCGCUGGAGGAGAGGCGGGCGGCGUUGAUCGGCCUCAUUGCUGCGUCAAUCGACUUCAAGAGCCUUGCUGCGUUCAUCAUUAAUGAAGUGCUCCGCCAAGUGGCCAAGCUCAUUCCGCCCUCCAACGAGUCAAUGCUGCAGCCACACCGCUAUAAGGCCGUGCAGCAGAUUAACCUCACCGACUCAACGCACACCUACCAGCUCUGGUGCCGCUUUGGCGAUGCCGACACGGUCCACAGCUGGACGGCCAUGCUGCUGGCGGUGGUGAUCGUGGUGGUGGCGGCGCUGCUGGCGGGCGUCGGGGUGAGCGUGGCGUGCAACACGCGCGGCGUGCGGGAGAAGGUGGCGGCGCUGGCGGUGCUCAAGGAGAGAACGCAGGCGGCGGAGCGAAACAAGAGUGCCUUCAUCGCCAACACCGCGCAUGAGCUGCGCACCCCUAUCAUCGGCCUCAAGGUCACGUGCCGUGUGGAUACGAGUGUGCCGGAGGUGCUGGAGGGGGACUACAUGCGCCUGCAGCAAGUGGUGGACAGCAUUGUUGGUGAGCCACCUGGGUUGAACGGGUUUUCUGGUGCAUUGUUGGUGAGCCAAGUGGUGGACAGCAUUGCUGGUGAGCCGAGUGGUGGACAGCAUUGCUG